UAUGGAAUGCCGAAUGACCGACAAUGAGUAAUGAAUGAGGAAUGACGGAUUGUGAUUGUGUACAUACGAGAUACCAAUUGCGAUUCGUGACGGACGAUUCGGUCGACAGCUCAUCUUUUGUAUUACAAAAAAGAGGAAUUAAUAAUAUAAACUUAAAUAAUUAAGUGCUAAUUAUUGUGUAUUACAUCAACGAAAUGUGGGAUCCGACUCAUGUGCAAGUAACAGUGCAAAAGGCAAGAGGCUUGCUAAUAAAAGGCAAAAACGGUACAAAUAACUGUUUUGUUACAAUCUCGCUGGCUAAAGAAAAAUUUCAAACUUCCGUAAAACAUAAGUCAACUGAGAAUGUUGAAUGGUUUGAAGAAUGCGAAUUACGUAUACCGACUCAAGGAAACACUGCUGAGAUUGUUUUAAAAGUCUACGAUGAAGAUUUCGUAAAGGAUCACUUAUUAGGUCAAGUAUCGAUUCCGUUAAAAGACCUCGAUGUAUACGAACGUCCAAGAAACCGCUGGUACCCAUUGCAAGGAAAAGCUGGCAAAGAAAACGACAAGAACCGAGGUGAAUUAGAGGUUAAAAUAGGUUUCACUGUAAAAGAAGGAAGCCUAACAGAUUUGAGCAAAAAAGAAAAACAUAAAUCGUCAUUGUCAAGUAUUGCUCAGAACGUUGGGGGCAGCCUUAUGAGUAUCGGAAGUAUUGAAAAACGUAAAAGCUUAAAGAAAUUUGCAAAAAAUUUAGGCUCUAAAAUAAACAUUACUAACAAAGAAAAAAAAAAUGAUUCAUCAUCUCUAGGUGGGAGUGUAGGAAAUCUUAGAAGUUCUGUGAUAUCCACUCCUGAUACAUCUACACCAAAAAGAUCCCCUGCAGAAGCUGAUCCAGGUGUGAUUAGUGAAGAUGAAGAUGAAUUUGCUUUUGAUGACUUAUCACAUAAAAGUUCAGGUAGCUCACUCAACGUACAAACUUCUUAUUUACCUCGGGGAGUAAAAUAUACACCAUCUCCCAAUAAUGCCUCACUAGAAAAUCUAGGUGGAGGUGAAUUUUUAAGAAGAUCUACAAGUAGUAAUUUAGUAACUGCAGAGAAAACGGCACCUUUGAAACCUGUCCGUUUAAGUCUUGAUACAUUUACAGCGCCCCAAUUACCAGUGCAAGUAUUAAAUAAAGAUGAUGAAUGGUCCCAGAAACUUUACCCACGAAAAUCUAUCAGCCAAACUAUGAUAGACCGAGAAAAAUCUUCCAGUCUUGAAAGAAAUAAAAAAUUGGAUAGCCCUAGUUCUCUUAAAGAAAAACCUAGCCCAAAAUUCUUUAAAAAGUUUGGAAACAGUAAGCCUAAGAAAUUACUAGAAGAACGAAUCAUUGUUGGAGAGGAAAAUAUAGUUGAAGAGGAUUCUAUUAACCCAGCAUACAAUAAUUUACCAAAAACUGUAAUACAGCAAUAUGAUGAUAUGACUCGAGAAGACCUAAUAGUGAUGAUCUAUAAUCUACAGAAAGAUGUAGAAUCAGAAAAGAAAAAGAACAAAGAUCUUGAAAAUUACUUAGAUGAGUUAUUGCUACGAGUAAUGGAGACAACACCGAGAAUAUUGCAGAAUCCUUAUGUGAGAAAUAAUAGCAUGCAUAUCCGAAACAAAUAGGGGUUAUUGUUUUUUUAAUUUCAGUUGUAUUAUGUUGUUUUAAUUACAUUACAGGUUUGAAACUAGUGAUUUUAAGCUCUAAUUAUCUUAUAUUAGUUUUGUAAUAUCAUGAGAUUACUGUAUUUUGUCCAUAGUUUAUCAUAGUAACUUAUACAGUUUAAUAUUAAAUUUUGCAUUUCUAAGGAAUAUUUAUUAUAAUUACAUUUAAAAAAAAGCAAAUUUUAAAAGAACUUUGUCAAUUAAAUUCCUAAUAUUUAAAGGUAAAUGUUAUGAGAAUUGCAAAUUAGUGUCUGAACCCGUGCCUUAAGUAUUUAUAAGAUCUGUGAUACAUAUUGUUUAUCACAAUAGAUUCUAUUAUUUUUACUAUAUGUGAAUUGAUAAAAGGAUCUUUAUCUUUUUUGGUCUGAUUAGAUUUGUAUAAAUACUUACUAAAGUUACGUAUGAUUUUAUUUGAAAAAUAUAUUUCAAUACAUGUUCAUAAAUUUAAAAAAUAUAUUUAUACAGUGCCAAAACAAAUUUAACAUUGUUAAAGUAUAGCAAGAAUGGUAAUAAUAUUGCUACAUAUAUUCAAAUACAGAUUUAAACAACAUUCCAAGUGAACUUAGCAUAUUUAUUUUUAAGAUAAAAAAAGAUGAUAACAUAUUACCAUCCUUGAUAUUAAUAAAAAAACUAUAUUUUUUUAUAGAUACAGAUAUAAUCUUAGUUUAUAUUGUAAUAACAAAUACUAACAAAGUAACAGUGCUAGCCAGUAAAAAAAUAUUACAUACCAGGCUGCAUUGAUCUUAGCUUUUUAUUUUGUAUAGUGCAAAUAUAGGGCCAAAUGAGGCCUUUGUGCAAUAUAUCUUAGUUGAAAUAUUUAAGGUAUUACUAUAAAAAAACAUCAUAAUUGUUCAAAAGAAAAAAUUGAGUCACUAUUUAUGUAUUUUACCCUGGUGUACUAUGUUAUUAAUAUAUUUUCAUGUAGAUUUUAAGGUAACGUAAAUAAGUAUUAUUUAAGAUACUAUCUCUUUCAGUUGUUAAUCUAGAUACAGUAAUUAUUUUGUUAAGAUUGAAAAAAUAAACUGAUUAGAUUAGCUUUGAUUUAAAAUUAUUGGUUGUAACAAAACAAAAAAAUAAGAACAAUUAAUGUUCAAAAGAAUCUUCAUAAACUUUUUGUUUGUUAAAAAAUACUAACUCAGUAAUAUGUCUUUACAAUUUUGCAUGUUAUGUUGAUUGUAAUACUUGUAAAAUUAAUAUUAAGAUUUUUUAGAUUGGGCUAGCAAUAUUUAAAUUUUUCAAUAAGAAACUGCUUACUCUUAAAUUAUUUUAGUCAUUCUCUAAAGAUAAGAGAUUAAGUAAGUUCAUAAGAAUAUUAUAAAAACAUAUUAAGAAACAUUGAUCCAGAGAUUAACAUUUUAUUAUAAAACAUUUAGUUAACAUUGAUAUUUUAAGAAAACUAAAGAGUGACAAAAAUAACAAAAGUCUUCUUUUGAAUAAAAAAAACCAUAUUAAAAUAAAUGUUUAUUAAAAACUGAAAAAUAUUUCUUGUUUAUUUGUGACGGCGACUCUUUACUGGAGCAGGAGCAGGAAUUGGGGUUGUAUAUGUUUUCUGUGACAACUUGUUCAUGUAGUAGAUAGUAAUCAGAGAGAAAAUUAAACUGAAAUAAAAAAGUA